UCUAUUUCCUUGCAUAUAUUCCCCAAAAAAAAAAAAAAGAUGGAUCCACCCAAAACCGAGCAGCCCAUUUUCCCCCUUUAGUGCAAACCCAAUUUAAGAUCUGUUUAACGUAGCUCGCCGUGGCGCGUUAGUCUCCUCGGACUCUGCAACGCCUCUACGCCUCACUCUCUCUCUCUCUGCAGCCAUGACAUCCGCGAUGGGUCCACCACCUCCCCGAAACCCUAACCCGUCGACGGAACCCGAACUGAUCAUCCAAGAAGAAUCCGAACCCACAACAGACAAAUCCUCCAUGGGUCCUCCGCCACUUCCUCCAAAAAACCCUAACUCCCUAGACGAAGAAAAACAAUCAAAUUCAAAUUCAGAACCGAAUUCAAUUGAAAAGCAAUCAAAUUCAAAGCAAUCUUCUGUACCUUACACAAUCCCUCAGUGGAGUGGACCUCCUUCUCACCGCUUCUUCCUUGAGGUCCUUAAAGAUGGCUGCAUCGUUGACCAAUUUCAAGUGAACGAGAAGGGAGCCUAUAUGUUUGGGCGUGUUGAUCUCUGCGAUUUUGUGCUUGAGCAUCCCACUAUUUCGCGGUUUCAUGCUGUGCUUCAGUUCAGGAGCAGCGGGGAGGCCUAUCUUUAUGAUCUUGGCAGUACGCAUGGCACUUUUAUCAACAAGAGUCAGGUGACAAAAAGGACUUAUGUGGACUUACACGUAGGUGAUGUCAUUCGGUUUGGCCAGUCAUCUCGUUUGUAUAUUUUCCAAGGGCCUUCUGAGUUGAUGCCACCAGAAAAAGACUUGAAAGUCAUCAGAGAAGCUAAGAUCCGAGAAGAGUUGUUAGAUCAAGAAGCUUCACUUAGACGAGCAAGGGCAGAAGCAUCUCUUUCUGAUGGUAUCUCAUGGGGCAUGGGAGAGGAUGCUAUUGAAGAAGCAGAGGACGAAGCUGAUGAAGUGAGUUGGCAAACCUACAAAGGACAGCUUACAGAGAAGCAGGAAAAAACCCGUGAUAAGAUAAUAAAAAGGACUGAAAAGAUUGCUCAUAUGAAGAAAGAGAUAGAUGCAAUACGUGUGAAAGACAUUGCUCAAGGUGGGUUGACACAAGGCCAGCAAACUCAGAUUGCUAGAAAUGAACAACGAAUAACACAGAUAAUGGAAGAGCUUGAAAACUUAGAAGAGACACUAAAUGACAGUAUUCGUUGGAAAGCAUAGGUUGCACGUGGUGGAACAAUGUCUCGUGGUAAGAGGAAGGGAGGGCCAGAGGAUGAUGAUGAAGACUUUUCAAGUGAUGAUGAUGAAUUCUAUGACCGGACAAAGAAGAAACCUACCAUGCAAAAAGUUGGUGAAACCCAGUCUAUUGAAACUGCUGAUAGUCUUCUUGAUAAGAAAGACACCAUUACGAAAGAAAUUGAAGGCAAGAAAGAGUUGCUGUCGAAUGAGAAGAAUAAAAUGGCAUCAGAAACUGCAGUAGAAAGUGAAGCUGGAGAUGCACUUGAUGCUUACAUGUCUGGGCUUUCAUCCCAGCUAGUGCUUGAUCGGACAGUGCAACUUGAGAAGGAAAUGUCUGCCCUUCAGUCGGAGUUGGACUGGAUCUUCUACCUGUUGAAGAUUGCUGAUCCAACAGGAGAAGCUGCUAAGAAAAGGGAUACAAAGGCACAAGCACCAGCACCAGGACCUGACAAAUCAAGACCUCCUGCUGCUGCUGUCAAUAAGCAGCUUCCAAAGGAACCCAAAAAAAUCAGUACAUCUACAGAACCAGCAAAUUCUUCCAUGCAGAAAGAGGGAGUUGUAGAUGUCUCUAUGGAAUCAAUCAAGAAACCAGAAGAGAAUAUUAUUAGUGAUACAGCUGACGGGAAAAAGGCUAUCUAUACUGUUGCAAAGCCCCAGUGGCUUGGUGCUGUUGAGAACAAGGAGAUUAAAGAGUCACAUCAAGUAGUAGAAGUAGAUACACAUAAAGUUGACGAAUUUGUUGAUUACAAAGAUAGGAAGAAAGUACUUGGGAGUGUUGAUGAUCCACAGGUUAAAGGGCACUCAGGAAUUGAAACUACUGCCUCUGGUCUGAUUAUAAGGAAACAGAAACAGAUUCAGAACCCUGAAAGUGAUGACAAAGCCUCUGAGCAAUCUACAUUAUCCUCUACAGGAGCUGAAGAAAUCGCACAGAAUGCAGUGGCACUGUUACUGAAGCACACUAGAGGGUACCAUGCAGAGGACGAGGAAUUGUGUGAAACCCCUGAAAUGUUGGCCAGAAAUCAAUCUAAGAAAGAGACAAAGCAAAAACGGGUGCUUGGUCCUGAGAAGCCUUCAUUUCUUAAUAGCAAUCCAGAUCCAGAAUAUGAAUCAUGGGUUCCUCCUGAAGGGCAAUCUGGUGAUGGGAGAACUACAUUGAAUGAUCGAUACGGGUACUGACUCACAUGGUUGUCCUAUAACCGUUGGGUUGCUGGUGCAAACUAGAGCAGACUUGUCACAAUAGCUUUCAUAUCUCAUUGUGCCAGCCAUGGCCUUGAAGAUACUGACAAUUGACAAUAUUCAGCUUAUGCCGUUGGCAUAAGUAGGCACCUCUGCUUUUGGGAUUCUGUGUGGCGGAUUGACUUGAAUCGGAAGAAUCUUCACUCAUUGGUUGGAAUUCUUUCUAAAGAGAUUGUGUACCAAUGAACAGAAAUAGAUGUGCCCGUCCGUAUAAAAGAAAAGAAGAAAAAAAAUUGAGAUGGGAAACUAGCAUAAAGCUGUUUCUUACUUUAAUGUAUAGAAAGAUCUAAUGUGUUUGCAUUGUCUUUCAAGGGAGUCGGAGUUGCAUUGUAGCAGAACUUAUCUGUGUUCAUGGAUCAACCAUUGUCCGAUAGAAAAUUUGGAUUUUGUAAUUUGUAGUUGAACUCCCUGUCAUGAUAAACCAUCUCGAUUUCUCCCUCUUCUGCCAGCCGCGUGCACAAAAAGCAUGAGUUUCUUUUUGCCUUUCACCACAAACAACCCUUCUUAAUCAUGGAAGCGAACUUCUUUAGUUUAUUCCAAGGAAAUCUAAUCGAUGGUCACCAUAUUUUAGUUUAUUGGGAUGAUUUUACUUCAUAUCUUCAAAAACGUGCUGAUCAUCAUACAUUAAUCACAUAUGCAAUUUCUCAUGGCUUCUUUGUUUUUGUAUUUAUAUACAGGGAACGCUUGUUUAUUAUUAGUCCUUUAACAAGAAACACUAUUUGUUUAAAUAUAAUGAU